AUGGAACUCAUGUUUGCGGAGUGGGAGGACGGGGAGAGGUUUUCAUUUGAAGACUCCGAUCGCUUUGAAGAAGACUCUCUUUGUUCCUUUAUCUCUGAGGCGGAAAGCCUUUGCCAGAACUGGAGAGGAUGGAGGAAGCAAUCGGCAGGACCCAAUUCUCCCACUUUGUGGGGCAAAGGAGGGGGGGGUGGUGGUGGUAGUGGUAGGACAAGGGGCAAUGAUGGGCUGGUGAUCCCAUUGGUGGAACUGUCUGCAAAGCAAGUUGCAUUUCACAUUCCAUUCGAGGUGGUGGAGAAAGUUUAUCCUCCAGUGCCUGAGCAACUGCAGCUUCGAAUCGCCUUCUGGAGUUUCCCAGAAAAUGAGGAAGAUAUCAGAUUGUACUCGUGUUUGGCGAAUGGCAGUGCAGAUGAAUUCCAGCGAGGGGAGCAGCUGUUCCGGGUGAGGGCUGUCAAAGACCCUCUCCAGAUAGGCUUCCAUCUGAGUGCCACUGUGGUACCCCCACAGAUGGUGCCUCCCAAAGGUGCAUACAACGUGGCAGUGAUGUUUGACCGGUGCAGGAUCACAUCAUGCAGCUGUACCUGCGGAGCUGGGGCCAAGUGGUGUGCUCACGUCGUGGCACUCUGCCUCUUCCGGAUACACAAUGCAUCUGCAGUAUGUUUACGAGCACCUGUUUCUGAAUCCUUGUCUCGGCUACAAAGAGACCAAUUGCAGAAAUUUGCUCAGUACCUAAUUAGUGAACUUCCACAACAGAUUCUUCCAACAGCUCAGCGCUUGCUGGAUGAGCUGUUAUCUUCUCAGUCUACUGCCAUCAACACAGUGUGUGGAGCCCCAGAUCCCACUGCUGGACCCUCUGCAUCAGAUCAAAGCACCUGGUACUUAGAUGAGUCUACUCUGAGUGACAACAUAAAGAAAACCCUUCACAAAUUCUGUGGACCCUCUCCUGUUGUUUUCAGUGAUGUGAAUUCAAUGUAUCUCUCUUCCACGGAGCCACCAGCUGCUGCUGAGUGGGCCUGCCUUCUGCGUCCCCUGCGAGGAAGAGAGCCUGAAGGAAUCUGGAACCUGCUUUCUAUUGUGCGAGAGAUGUUUAAGAGGCGGGAUAGCAAUGCAGCUCCUUUGCUGGAGAUUCUGACUGAUCAGUGUCUCAACUAUGAGCAGAUAACCGGCUGGUGGUACAGUGUGCGAACAUCUGCAUCACACAGCAGUGCUAGCGGGCACACAGGACGCAGCAAUGGCCAGUCAGAAGUAGCUGCUCAUGCUUGUGCAAGUAUGUGUGAUGAGAUGGUGAUUCUUUGGAGGCUGGCUGUCCUUGACCCAACUGUUAGUCCACAGAGGCGCAGGGACCUUUGCUCACAGCUCAGACAGUGGCAGCUGAAAGUCAUAGAUAAUGUUAAGAGGGGUCAGCACAAGAAAUCACUGGAGAAGCUCUUCCAGGGUUUCAAGCCAGCUGUGGAAGCCUGUUACUUCAACUGGGAGGAAGCUUAUCCCAUUCCCGGGAUUACAUAUAGCAGCACUGACAAGAAAAACUCAUUCUGUUGGGUAAAGGCCAUCCAGCAGAGGAGCUGCCGGUUGCAGUGUGCAGAAAUUGCCUGUGAGGCUGGCCGAACCCAUGGACAGGAGCCUGGGGGACCGUGUCUGCAGCCUGGAGACAGGCUGCGUCCCUCUCCCCAGGAGCCAGCAGUUCGUCCGAAGGAACUCACUGGGAAGCGGAAAGCUGUCUCGGAAACACCGCAGCGGGUUCUGAGGCGACUUUCAGCAGAAGGUGACAAAGCUGUGUAUAAGACUGCAGUGGGCAAAGCAAAGUUGCCAGUGAGCAAAGGCUUGACCAGUAAACAUAGUGGGAAACGCCGCAUGAGCAGUGAAGACAGCUCUCUGGAGCCAGACUUGGCAGAGAUGAGCCUGGAUGACAGCAGCUUGGCUCUGGGGGCAGAAGCCAGCAACACAUUUAGUUUUACAGAAAGUCCACUGAGCAGGAGCUACAGAGACACCUUUGAGGAGGAUGGUGGCGUGUACUUCUCUGAGGGACCUGAGCCCAGUGUCAGGAGCAGUUCCAUGGCUAAGAAAUCACCCAAGGAUCCUGUGGGGGAAAUGGGUAGUGGUGAUGAUGACUUGCCCUCUGCAGAUGAGAACAGUGGUGGUGUGAGCCUGAAGCCAGAAGAAGUGGGAGAGAAUGGUGCAGCAGGGGGAGGAGAUGAUGGAGAGGAGGAAGACGACUACCAGGUGUACUAUCUGAAUCCACAAGAGGUAGCCAAGGAAGAUGAUGACAAAGGUGAAGGGGGAAAUGAAGAGGAGGAUGUAUUUGCUGGUAUAAAGCCUCUGGAGCAGGAGAACCGGAUGGAGAUCCUGUUUGCCUGCGCGGAGGCCCUGCAUGCGCAUGGAUACAGUAGUGAAGCAUGCCGCUUAACCGUAGACCUUGCCAGGGAUCUGCUGGCCAACCCUCCAGAUCUCAAAGUGGAGCAGCCACCAACAAAGGGCAAGAAGAUCAAGGUAUCAACCAGCAAGCAGACAUGGAUGGCAACCAACACCUUAUCUAAAGCUGCUUUCUUGCUGACUGUGUUGAGUGAGCGACUGGAGUACCACAACUUGGCCUUCCAAAUAGGGAUGUUUGCUCUGGAGCUGCAGAGACCACCUGCCUCUACAAAGGCUCUGGAGGUGAAGCUGGCAUAUCAGGAGUCUGAGAUUGUAGCCCUCUUGAAGAAGAUUCCCUUGGGCACUAGUGAGAUGAACAGUAUUCGAGGAAGAGCUGAAGAACUGCGAGAAGGGACAUUAUGUGAUUACCGUCCUGUCCUGCCUCUGAUGUUGGCUAGUUUUAUAUUUGAUGUCCUGUGCACUCCAGUGGUUUCUCCUACAGGCUCUAGACCUCCAAGCCGUAAUUGGAAUAAUGAAAUGCCUGGAGAUGAAGAACUUGGUUUUGAGGCAGCUGUUGCUGCUCUUGGCAUGAAAACAACUGUCAGUGAAGCAGAACAUCCUCUAUUGUGUGAAGGCACCCGAAGGGAGAAAGGUGAUCUGGCGCUAGCCCUGAUGAUUACUUACAAGGAUGAUCAGUCUAAGCUGAAGAAAAUUUUAGACAAACUCCUGGACAGAGAGAGUCAGACUCAUAAACCACAGACUCUGAGUUCCUUCUACUCAUCCAGCAAGCCUGCAGUAGCAAAUCAGAAAUCGCCUUCCAAACACGCUGCCCAGUCCACUGCAGCUAUCCAGCAGCUUCCAGGGGCUUCUGUCACUCAGCAAGCUGCUGUAAGCACUGCAGUCCAGAGCAGUCCUGAGAACUUUGUGGAGAAGAGUGCACAGGACAACUCUCAGAAGUCCCCCUGUGAGCCAGCUGCAGAGGCCACUGUCCUAAAACAAGAGGGAAAGGUCCCCAGUCGUCUGGCCCUUGGAAACCGAGGUGGAUACAAUGGGAGAUGCUGGGGUUCACCUGUCAGGCAGAAGAAGAAACACACAGGCAUGGCUAGCAUAGACAGCAGCGCUCCUGAAACCACGUCUGACAGUUCUCCAACACUCAGUCGGCGUCCGCUACGCGGAGGAUGGGCAACAACAUCCUGGGGCAGAGGACAGGACAGUGACAGCAUCAGCAGUUCUUCAAGUGAUUCGCUGGGAUCUUCCUCUUCCAGUGGCAGUAGGAGAGCCAGUGGGGGAGCCCGUGCAAAGACGGUGGAAGUUGGCAGGUACAAAGGGAGGCGGCUGGAGAGCCAUGCUCCUCAUGUUCCAAACCAGCCCUCAGAGGCAGCUGCUCACUUCUACUUUGAAUUGGCCAAGACAGUCCUUAUCAAAGCAGGUGGAAACAGCAGUACCUCUAUCUUUACCCACCCUUCCUCCAGUGGUGGGCACCAGGGACCACACCGCAACCUUCACCUCUGCGCCUUCGAGAUUGGGCUGUAUGCACUAGGCCUGCACAACUUUGUGUCUCCUAACUGGCUUUCUCGAACCUACUCCUCCCAUGUCUCUUGGAUCACAGGACAAGCCAUGGAGAUUGGUAGCGCAGCCUUGAACAUCUUGGUGGAGUGUUGGGAUGGACAUCUGACUCCCCCAGAGGUGGCAUCCUUGGCAGACAGAGCUUCUCGGGCCAGAGACUCCAACAUGGUGCGGGCAGCUGCUGAACUAGCACUCAGCUGCCUGCCCCAUGCCCAUGCCCUGAACCCAAAUGAGAUCCAGAGGGCUCUGGUGCAGUGCAAGGAACAGGAUAAUACGAUGCUGGAAAAGGCCUGUAUGGCAGUAGAAGAGGCAGCCAAAGGAGGUGGUGUGUACCCAGAAGUCCUCUUCGAAGUGGCUCACCAGUGGUACUGGCUUUAUGAACAGACUGUUGGUGGGACCCCAGCCCAGAGAGAAGGUGCCACUGGCUGCAGUGCCAGUGGUGCACGGGCUGGGUUGACGGACAACCGGGUGACCUCUGAGCCAACCACCGUAACGGUGGCAACUUCGGUAACCGCAACAGCAUCCGUCAUGCCGGUCAUCUCUGUGGGGUCAACCAUGUACCAGCAGCAUACAAUGGCAGGACCAGCAAUGGCACAUACACACACGCAGGGUCUCCACCCCUACACCACCCUUCAGACUCACAUCCCCUGUAACCCACAGUAUAUUGGACACACUAUCCAGCACAUGCCACGCCCGGCUGUCUUCCCAGUCCCUGGCUCAGCGUACCCACAGGGUGUCCAUCCAGCCUUCAUAGGAGCGCAAUACCCUUACUCAGUAACACCGCCCUCACUGGCAGCUACAGCAGUGUCAUUCCCUGGAGUGCCCGUCCCAUCCAUGACGCAGAUUGCAGUGCAUCCUUAUCACAGCGAGACAGGAAUGUCGUUGUCUUCCAAUGUAGCAAGUAAGUUACAGCUCUGGGCUGUGUGUAGCAUAGGAAAUGUCCAUGCAGGAUCAACGUUCCCAGCGAUUCAGGGGGCUUCCAUGACAACCAUGUCCUCACAGCCCAACUCCCUUGUUACAGGGAGUUUUCCUGCCGAGGAUGAGCAGCACAGUCAGCCUGUGAGCCCCCAAGGUCUGCACUACCUCCACUCUGCAUACCGAGUUGGGAUGCUGGCUCUGGAGAUGCUUGGCCGAAGAGCUCACAACGACCACCCCAACAACUUCUCCCGCAGCCCACCCUACACAGAGGAUGUAAAAUGGCUCCUCGGGUUAGCUGCAAAGUUAGGUGUAAACUAUGUGCAUCAGUUUUGCGUUGGUGCAGCCAAGGGGGUGCUGAGCCCUUUUGUGCUCCAAGAGAUCAUCAUGGAAGCUCUACAGAGGCUCAACCCUGCCCAUGUGCACAACCACCUGCGCACCCCAGCCUUCCACCAGCUGGUGCAGAGGUGCCAGCAGGCCUAUAUGCAGGUAAUGNNUCAUCGUUUGAUCCAUCUCACUCCAGCUGACUAUGAUGACUUUGUGAAUGCCAUCCGCAGCGCCAGAAGCGCCUUCUGCCUGACUCCCAUGGGCAUGAUGCAGUUCAAUGAUAUUCUCCAGAACCUAAAGCGCAGCAAGCAAACGAAGGAGCUGUGGCAAAGGGUCUCUCUGGAAAUGACCACCUUCUCGCCGUGACAGCAGGCGGAGCUCCACGGACACACAACCCUUUGUCCCACAUAGUUGUAGUUCCAUUUACACCAUCCUUCCUUCUGGUGUCUUUUUUAUUUUAGAUUUAACUUGUUGGAAACCACUGAUCUGAUGUAUUUAUACCAUGACAUUCCUCUCCAGCACUGUUGCGUGUCGGCGCUCUGCUUGCUCGCUCCUCCUCCUCCUCCUCCUCAGUGGGCUGCAGGCUUCAGAAGCAUCAGGAAACAAGAAGGAAGUUGAGCUGGCUGCCCUGUGGUGUAGUCACCGCUUUUUUCCCUGUGCCCCUGGAGGCUGUCCUGCGAGCACUUUGCAGCGUGAACACGCACAUGUUAGAGGGAUGGGGGAUUCUGUCUUAAAUAUUUAUUUUGGCAUUUAUAAAUAUGUAAACUUUUUUUUUGUAUGGGCUUACCUUACUCCACACACCACCUCCUUCUGGGAGAGGCUGGGACUGCUGUGCACAGCCAGCCAUGCUCCCUCCAUUCCUUUCAGCACCUCCUGCUGAGAGAAGCUGAGACUGGAGUAGCAGGGCCAGGGCCACCUCUCUAGCUUUCUGCAGCAGCUGCUGAGGGCAGAGGCUGGAGCUUGGGCAGUCAGAGUCCGUGACUGCGCUGAGCUGCCUGGAGACUGCCAGAAGUGCUUGGGCUCUUUCUCAGGAGCGUCCCUCAUUGGGCACUGCUGGCUCAUAGGAUGUUUUGUUCGGAGUUGUACAAUCGUGUUUCUUUUGCUGGGGUAUUACUCUCCUGUAAUCAGUUUCUUAUCCCUUGUCUCUUCUUGUUUCCUGAUUA